AUGGCCAUCGCAUCGAUCCUCGAAAACCUCAAGGCUGGUGACUCUCCUGACCUAGAACUCGUUCACCCUACCGAAGCCGAAAAGCAGAUACAGUUCAACGCAAACGCAAACGAAUGGCGCGGUGCUCUUUCCAAACCUGCAUACUUUCGACGCGAGGCCACACUUUCGCAAACAACCCUAACACGUGAUGGCGGCAUUUCAUACUGGAUCCUGGCUGACCCUGACAAAACUGUGUCAGAAGACCCUUGGAACCCAAAUGCAGGCACCAAACUACCAAAAGGUACCCGACUACCACUAGCGAGCUGCGAAACAAUCCGGAAGAAGGCGCUCGUAUGGCAGAACGGAGAACUCAAGGAGGUCAUUUGUCAUGGAGUCGGCAGUGUAUUCUGCCCAAAACCUCUCCGCGGAAAGAAGGGGGGCACCUCGUAUGCGAGCAGGAUGCUAACGGAGCUUGGGAAGAGUUUAAGAACAUAUCAGACAGAAGACGGCCAGGAGUCUCUGUUCUCAAUCCUAUACUCUGACAUCGGGAGGGAAUACUACGCGAAAUUCGGCUGGGAAUCAUUUACCUCGUCACAUGUUUCCAUCCCUGCGAGCACUUCUGAAGACACAAGCAACUUACCCACGGCCCGACCACUGUACGCGGACGAUCUGGAGGAACUAUGCAAGAUCGACGAAGCCUCUCUCCGCCAGAGCCUAGAGUCGCGACCCAAGGACAGCAACACCGCAGUCGCAAUACUACCUAACAUCGAGACGAUCCAGUGGCACCACGCGCGUGAAGAAUUCGUGGGAAACGAGCUGCACGGCAAGAAGCCGGAGGUCAAAGGCGCGGUCGUCGGUACGGAGAAGGGCAAGCGCGUUUGGUGCUACUGGACCAGGAUGUGGUACAACGAGAAUCCAGCUGAAGCCAAGGGCAACACACUGCAUAUCCUGAGGCUAGUCAUCGAGGACCAUAGCUUUGAGGGCUCUUCGGGUAGCAUGAACGGCGGAUCUGAGAGCCAUAGUCACGAAGCUGCUAUUGCGGCGCUCAUGGCGAUGGCCCAGCAGGAGGCGCAGGAAUGGAAGACGGAGAACGUGGAGAUGUGGGCGCCUUCGCCGGCGGCACUGGCAGCUGCGAAGAAGCUGGACCCGACUGCGAAGCUCAUCGUCAGGGAUCAAGAGAGUAUCGCAGCCUUGCAGUGGUUUCCAGAACACGACGGACCAGUUGCUGACAAGAUUGACUGGGUCGCGAAUGAGAAGUACGGGUGGUGUUGA